AUGUCGACACAUCCCAAGAGCCCUCCAGGCAAACACCCGAGCCUGUGCACUGCUCAACAUUCAAUCCUCCAACAAGAGAGGCUUUAUCUUCUACGAGGACUGGCGGAUGAAGAACGGCGCAAAGAACGGUUGACUUCAACAUUGCGCAAGGUCGAAUCAGCUCUCAACUUGACUACUAGCGAGCCAUACGGACAUCCCAAAGCACUUGGAAAGAAAGUAAGAAUCCUCCGAUCGAAGCUGAAUAGAUGCAAACGAACAAGCCGGGCACUUUGCACCAGUCUCGAGGACGUGGUGGCCCAGAUGGAGAGAUUAGAUGAUCACCAAUGGCGCAGAGCACAUGAUGAUUAUGCCCAACAAACACAAUAUGGUUUGAUGACCAGCCUGUCACCUACGAGACCUUCUGCUGCGAUGAUCAAUCUAUCAGCUGCAGGGCCGUCGAUGCAACACUUGCGCACCGAUGCCAUGCCACAGUCGCCAUUCCUCAACUAUCAACAACAAGCCAUCAUUCAGGGCAUCUACGCAAAUCCAAUGGAGCAGACACUCAUGUCCCAAAUCCCAGCAACCCCAAUUUUGAGACCAGUGCAGUAUUCAUACUCCGAUGGUUUCUCAUUCUCUCCACCGCCGCGACGUGGCUUCUCUAGUAUUCUAACCAAUAUCAAUCCCACCUCCGGGCUCUACUCAUAUGACUCAACUGGCCCGAGCCCGACAGACACCAUAUCGACCUACUCCCUAAACCCCAACCCGUGGGUGGCAGGGCGCACUUACCCAUCCGAGAGCAAUGCAAUGCCAGUAUCGGGUAUAUACUCAAAUGUAUUGGUCCCCACAACACAAGUCUUCGAUCUCGUCCAGGGCCUAGGAACCAUGGGACUCUCUUCAGGACCGGAAAACCAGAAUCUUGGCGUCGCGGGUAUAUCAGGUGUCUGGGUUCGUGCUCCACCGCCACAAUUAUCGCCAUUGCAUUCUGCUUCAAUGAUGUCGUUCGGGGACGUUGAUAUGUGUAUGCAGGGGGGAUAUGGGUUUGGGCAUGAUGCCACGUCGAAGCUACAGGGACGUGCUGGGUGGAAGGGAAAGAGAAGAUCUGCUUGA